AUAAAGCGUCUGAGACCAAGGUUAUUAACUGUGACUAAGGGGCCGAAAAACAGCGGCUGGGAGCAUUCAUAGCAUGUGUCCACGGACCUUUGCGGCGUCAUUCGUUUCAGCUUCUUACCGGGGUCGGAAUAUUCUGCGUUUGUGUUGCGGUGUAGGAGUUCCCUGAGCUGUCUGUGGCCACCGGGUGGCGCUCCUCAGAUCAAUGUCAUUGCCGUGAAUAGAGAUAUAAAAGAAGUUUGACUGAACGCCUGGUCUGCUUUAAAAUAUGUCCACACCUCAGGAUCUCAUUGUUAAGUCCCCUCUUUAUUUUAGCCUAAAACAAAGUGUAUGACACAGAGGAGCUGCCUGCUCGGACUGGGAGGAGUCUUUGGUCGCCUGCUGUUUUAAUUGGCUGCAGGCUACAGUGAGAAGCGUGAGUAUCAGUAAUUAUUCAGCAAUGUUUUGCACAAGAAAUGUCAGCCAGAAAGGGAUAUCUUCAUCCACCGUCAAAUUACACCACAACGAUGACAUGCCCCAACAACCAGACUGGAAAUUCAUUUUUUGUGGACUCUUUAAUCAACGUGAGAACCGACAGUGGUUCAUAUUACCAAAGUAACGGCGUGUAUUUGCCACCGGCGUCGGAAUAUUCAUAUGGACUCUCCGGUGCGUGUUUCCCAGGGAUCGGUAAGCGCAGUAACGAGCCAGUCAACCAAAGCGGGAUCCCUUCCUCUGCUCCGUAUGUUCAAGGGAUGGAAACGUGGCUGGAAACCUCGAGAUCGUGCCGGGUGGAUCAGCCCAGCAGUGGCCAGCAUAUGCCUCAGUGCUCCUUCUCCCCGAGCAUAAAGGAGGAGAGCGCAUACUGCCUUUACGAGUCUGACAAAUGUCCUAAAGGAUCAUCAGUGGAUGACAUUUCCUACUCGAGCGCAUCGUGCCCCGUUACCGGGAGCAGCUUGCCGGUCCCCGGUUACUUCCGUCUGUCUCAGGCGUACACGUCCUCCUCCAGGCUGUACCAAGAUGUCCAUCCAAACAUGAACCACUUCACCCUGCAGAGACCUGCUCGCUCGGACAGCCAACCCUCCCAGCCUGCCCGUGCUGAGCCAGAGCGGAGGGAGAGCCACGAGGAGGCGCCUAUCCCUGCGCCCUGCGCCCCGGCCGGAGAGGAGGACAGUCGGCUCUCCUCGGACAGCUCGUCCUCCCCUGAGCCCGCCGAGACCUGCGUUACGGAGAGUCCGGAGAAACCCGUAAAAGGAGAUGGGAAAAUAGAAACCACGGCCAACUGGCUCACAGCGAAGAGUGGCCGAAAGAAGCGCUGCCCCUACACCAAGCACCAGACUCUGGAGCUGGAGAAGGAGUUCCUCUUCAACAUGUACUUGACUAGAGAGCGUCGCCUGGAGAUCAGCCGCAGUGUGCACCUCACUGACAGGCAAGUCAAAAUCUGGUUCCAAAACAGGAGGAUGAAACUGAAAAAAAUGAGCCGAGAGAGCAGGAUCCGAGAGCUCUCCAGCAACUUCAGUUUCUCAUGAGACUGUCUGUGUCUGCGUCUUUGGCGCCCUCCUCCAUCCAUGGCAAGGGCGCCUGUGCAGGGCCCCCACCCACCCAACUGUGAGAAUGUCCAUGGAAAAAUAGGACCCUACUGCUAACUUAUUGAUUGUUGCUCUUUCUUGUUUUCAUGUCUGUUGUAUUUAUUAAUGGCUCCAUUUGUAUCGUUGACGCAUUGUGUUUGAAGUGUUCAGACUGUGACCUCAAUGUUUCAGAGCUUCAGGCUUGUACAUUUUGUAUUUUCAACCUGAGGGAACCAUUGGACUUUGCAUGCUGGACUCACCCUUGGGAUACUUGUGUUACAGUUACGUGAAGGCCUUAAUGUGACAGUUAAAAUAACCCGAGAGGUCUGUUGAAAAUUUGCACAUUUUGCUGGUGAAAUUAAUAAAACCAUCCCUGCAA